CGCCGCAAUGGACUCGUGCUUCUUUUGCGGCGCCGUCGAGCUGGGCGAAGGCGGCUACGAGAAGCUGACGGCCAAGGUGCCCUCCUCGCAGAAAACCGUCUCGCUGGUGCUCACCCACCUGGCCAACUGCAUCCAGACGGCGCUGGACCUGAAGCCCAACGCCCGGCUGUGCCCGCGCUGCUUCCAGGAGCUCUCCGAGUACGACACCAUCAUGGUCAACCUGAUGACCACCCAGAAGAGGCUGACGAACCAGCUGAAGGGCGCUCUAAAGUCCGGUUUCGAGGUGGUCGGCGAGUCCGCCGAGGAUAUACUGGUUGAAGAGGUGGAGAUCCCCGCCAGCGACGCCGACACAGACGCCGAUGCCGAGGCAGACGCCCUCUUCGUGGAGCUGGUCAAGGAGCAGGACCAGGGCUCCGAAACGGACAUAAAACAGGAGUUCGAAGACGAGGAGGAGGACGACAACAACGAGGACGACGACGACGAGGAGUUCAUCUGCGAGGAGGUGGAGGUGGGCGACUCGGAGGCCGGCCAGUACGGCAAGUCCUCGGACGGCGAGGACAGGCCGAUGAAGAAGCGCGUCAAGCAGGAGUGCGCCACCUGUGGCAAGGUGUACAACUCGUGGUACCAGCUGCAGAAGCACACCAGCGAGGAGCACUCGAAGCAGCCCAACCACGUCUGCCCCAUCUGCGGCGUGAUCCGCCGGGACGAGGAGUACCUGGAGCUGCACAUGAACCUGCACGAGGGCAAGACGGAGAAGCAGUGCCGCUACUGCCCCAAGAGCUUCUCGCGUCCGGUGAACACACUGCGCCACAUGCGCAUGCACUGGGACAAGAAGAAGUACCAGUGCGAGAAGUGCGGUCUGCGCUUCUCCCAGGACAACCUGCUCUACAACCACCGGCUGCGGCACGAAGCCGAGGAGAACCCCAUCAUCUGCAGCAUCUGCAAUGUGUCGUUCAAGUCGCGCAAGACCUUCAACCAUCACACACUCAUACACAAGGAGAACCGGCCACGGCACUACUGCUCUGUGUGCCCCAAGUCCUUCACCGAGCGCUACACCCUCAAGAUGCACAUGAAGACCCACGAGGGCGACGUGGUGUACGGCGUGCGCGAGGAGGCGCCCGCCGACGAGCAGCAAGUGGUCGAGGAGCUGCACGUGGACGUCGACGAAUCGGAGGCGGCCGUGACCGUCAUCAUGUCCGACAACGAUGAGAACAGCGGCUUCUGCCUGAUAUGCAACACCAGCUUCGAGAACAAGAAGGAGCUGGAGCACCACUUGCAGUUCGAUCACGACGUUGUCCUGAAAUAAACUACCAUUGCCUACGCUAAGUAAUUAUAUCUCCCUAGUAUAUCUUCUUUUCCGUGUACUUGAUAAUUGUAGAAGCCUACAAAAUAUAAUUUACUGGUAUUCGAUCUAAAACUAGAUUCAUUUAGGCUGGAGUCCUUGUACUAUGCUGUAAUCUUUCUUCUUGACACUAUGAUUUUAUAUGAAUUCUUUACACAAUGCGAUUAAUUAUUUUUCCAACUCUGUAUAUACUUUAAUUAGGCCUUGCUGUAAUCAGUUAUUUGCCAAUAAAUAUAUCAAAAACAA